AUGGAUAUUGACGAGUGUCUGGGCCCGAGCCCGCCAGACUGUGGACCUAAUGCAAAGUGUAUCAAUGUGCCUGGGAGUUACAACUGCACCUGCAUCGAUGGCUACGAGCCCAGCUCUGGGAAAGCCAACUUCACACACGCGAGUGAGAACAGCUGCCAGGAUAUUGACGAGUGUCAGGGCCCGAGCCCGGCAGACUGCGGACCCCAUGCAAACUGCACCAACGUGCCUGGGAAUUACUCCUGCAGCUGCAUCGAUGGCUAUGAGCCCAGCUCUGGGAAAGUGAAGUUCACACACGCGAGUGAGAACAGCUGCCAGGACAUUGACGAGUGCCAGCGAAACGCCACAAUCUGUGAGCCCCACGGGAACUGCAUCAACAUGCCAGGGAGUUACAUGUGUAAAUGCAGUUGGGGAUUUGGGAAGAGUCAAAAGGAUACAUCUCAGAUCUGCACAGACAUCGACGAGUGCAACAAGACCCCAGAUAUCUGCGGCCCCAAGGCCACGUGUAUCAACACCACUGGGAGCUACUGGUGUGAGUGCCGGGCCGGCUACGUCCCCUCCAACAGGAACACGACCCUGUGCCAAGAGCUCCAAGCCCCCAGCAUUAACUCCAGCCCUGAAUUCGAGGGAAUCAAAGAGAUGUGCAGGAAUUUCUCUCUGCAGAACGUGACUCUCCGUUUCAACGCCCUCCUGAACAGCACCUCCCUCUGGGAGGGCGGAGACAAGUGGGAGGUGGGGUUGGCCGUGACAGUCCUGCUGCAGAGCGUGGAAUGGGCCGCGCUGGCCACUGCGCUCCGGUCUCCGGAGAGGACAACACAGAAUGUGACGACAGAGUCUCUGGCUAUCCAGACGCGGCUCGUCACAGGGAACUGCAGCCAGCACAGCGAGGUCUUCAUGCUGAGAGCUCACGAGGAGACAAUGGACGUGCACUGUGCUACAGUCACCGGGGCAGCCACACAAGGUUUGGGGGCUGCUGCUUUUAUUUCCUACUCCUCCCUGGACGCCAUCAUCAGUGCGAGACAUCUCAGCGAGGGAAAUCUGCUGGCUGGUGGGAAGCUGGAGAAGAGUCACCUCAACUCCAGGGUGGUGAGUGGGGCCGUCGGAGACGGGAGACCCAUUCACCUCUCCAGACCCGCAAACUUCACCCUGCGCCACAGACAGGCCAAAAAAGAGGAGGAAGAGGCUCUCUGCGUCUACUGGAAAGUGGUGGCUGAGAGCAGCAGCUGGUCUCCGGACGGCUGCACCGCCGUGCACACGAACAGCACUCACACCACCUGCAGCUGUGACCAUCUCUCCAGCUUCGCCGUCCUAAUGGCUGCCACCACAGUGACGGACAGUUCCCCACUGACCCUCAUCACCUACGUGGGACUGACCCUGUCCCUGCUGUGCCUCUUCCUGGCCAUCCUCACCUUCCUCCUGUGCUGCUCCAUCCGCAACGUCAGCACCUCCCUCCACCUGCAGCUCUGCCUCUGCCUCUUCCUGGCCGACCUGCUCUUCCUCACCCAGGUGACCCGCAUCCUCACUCAGGUGGCGUGUGCUGUCAUUGCUGGCCUCCUGCACUACCUCUUCCUGGCCUGCUUCAGCUGGAUGUUCCUGGAGGGGCUUCACCUCUUCCUCACCGUCAGGAACCUGAAGGUCGUGAAUUACACCAGCGCCAGCCGAUUCAAGAGGAGAUUCAUGUACCCGUUCGGCUAUGGAUUCCCAGCCCUGGUGGUGGCUAUUUCUGCAGCGGUGAAUCCUGGUGGCUACGGAACUUCCACACACUGCUGGCUCAGCCUGGACAGAGGCUUUCGUUGGAGCUUCCUGGGACCAGUCUGUGCCAUAAUCCUGAUAAAUAUAACGUUCUUUGUGCUGACCCUGUGGAUCCUGAGAAACAGACUCUCCUCCCUCAAUGCAGAUGUGUCCACUGUCAGAGACCACAGAUUACUGACCUUUAAAGCCAUCGCCCAGCUCUUCAUUCUGGGCUGCUCAUGGAGCCUUGGUCUCCUCCAAGUCGGCCCAGCAGCCACAGUCAUGGAGUAUUUAUUCACCAUCGUCAACAGCCUGCAGGGAGCCUUCAUCUUCCUGGUGCACUGUCUCCUCAAUCACCAGGUGAGAGAGGAGUACAGGAGAUGGCUCAAGGGAUUCCAAAUGUUCAGCACGAAAUCUCAGACAUACGAUCUAUCCAUGUCUGCUGUCCCCACCACCAGCACCAAGACGGUAAGAGGUCCUCUGCUCUGCUCCAAUACCAGCCUGUGA